GGGCCUGGGCUGGGGGCCGGGCCUGGGCCUGGGGUUGGGCCCGCGGCGAGCCAGACCUUAGGGAGCAAGUGGGGUAGAGUGGGGCGGGGCAGGGCCGAGCUGGAAAUGGGGCGCUGCAGGGCUGGGAACCGACCCUGAGCUCGUCUUGCGUGGGGAGAGCCGAGUUCAGAGGGCGCGGGAGGCGGAGACGUGAAGUCAGGGCUGAGUGGGCGGAAAAGAGCCUGGGCUGAGGUGAGGCCCAGAAGCGGGUAUUGACAGAUGGAGCUGGCAUCCGAGGAACACACUUGGGACGGAACACAUUUUCGUAAUGUCAGGCUGCUGCAACUUGUCCAAUUCCUCUUGGUUUGUCUUUCGGAGGCAGCCCUGAGUCCCUCACUGCCUCACCACAUUGCAUUGCCUGAUUACCUCAGGUCCCGGUGGUGCUCCGAUUUCCUCUUUGUCCAGCCCUGGGACUCCUUCCCUGUGGCUGCUACUCUUAAUGAGAAACGAUGUGACACAAGUGAAGACAUGGCCACCAGUCACCCAGCAGGACACGUGCAACUGCCCCGAGCUGAUGCCAUACGUUCACGUCUCAUUGAUACUUUCUCUCUCAUCGAGCAUCUGCAAGGCUUGAGCCAAGCUGUGCCACGACACACUAUCCGAGAGAUACUUGAUCCUUCCGGUCAGAAGAAGCUUAUGUUGGGAGAUCAACACCAGCUUGUGCGCUUCUCCAUAAAGCCUCGACAUGUAGAACGUAUUACACGUGGCCGGAGACUGAUGAGCAGGCUUCAUGUGCGCUACAGUCAGAGGCCACCUCUUUCCUUGUGGGCUGGAUGGGUCCUUGAGUGCCCUCUCUUCACAAACUUCAUCAUCUUUCUCAUCUUUUUGAAUACAAUCGUACUGAUGGUUGAAAUAGAAUUACUUGAAUCCUCAAAUACCAAACUGUGGUCACUGAAGCUGAGUCUGGAGGUGGCAGCUUGGUUCAUCUUGCUUAUUUUCAUCUUGGAGAUCCUUCUUAUGUGGAUAUCCAGCUUUUUCCUCUUCUGGAAGAAUGCUUGGAAUGUAUUUGACUUUGUUGUCACCAUAUUGUCCCUGCUUCCUGAGGUUGUGGUGCUGGUAGGGGUAACAGGCCAGUCUGUGUGGCUCCAGUUGCUAAGGAUAUGCCGGGUGCUAAGAUCUCUCAAACUCUUUGCACGAUUCCGUCAAAUUCGAGUCAUUAUUUUGGCCCUGGUGAGGGCCCUCAAGAGUAUGACCUUCCUCUUGAUGUUGCUGCUCAUCUUCUUCUACAUUUUUGCUGUGACUGGUGUCUACUUCUUUGAGGACUACACCCGUUCAACUCGCCACGACCUGGAGUACCACAUGUUCUUCUCGGACCUUCUGAAUUCCCUGGUGACAGUAUUCAUCCUCUUCACCAUGGACCAUUGGUAUGCAUUGCUUCAGGAUACCUGGAAGGUGCCUGAAGUCAGCCGUACCUUCAGCAGCAUCUAUGUCAUCCUUUGGUUGUUACUUGGUUCCAUUAUCUUUCGAAAUAUCAUAGUAGCCAUGAUGGUUACUAACUUCCAGAAUAUCAGGAAUGAGCUGAACGAGGAGAUGACACAUUUGGAGGUUCAACAUAAAGCUGACAUAUUCAAGCGACAGAUUAUCCAGAGGAGACAAAACCUGUCCCCUGAGGCACUGAGGUCAAGCCUUAGCAAAAUGGAUGCCAGAGAUGCCAGUCAACAAAGGGAAUCUUUGGAGUUAUCAACAGCUUUUGAAGAAGAGUCUAAACACAGUGCUGAUGAAGAGGGUUCAAGGGCAUCUGUAUCGAAAACAAAAGAGUCCUUGUCAAAAAUGAAAAAGUCUGCCUCUUCUUCCUCCUCUUCCUCCUCCUCCUCCUCUUAUUCUUCCUCCUCGUCUUCAUCUUCCCUCAAUUCCUCCUCUUCUUCUGACUCCAGAUAUUUAGACUCCAUUGGUCAGUUGGACUGGGAGACUCAUGUGCACCAGAAUCUGCCUGGGUUAAUGGAAAUGGAUCAGGAUGAUCGUGUUGUUUGGCCUAGAGAUUCACUCUUCCGAUAUUUUGAGUUGCUAGAAAAGCUUCAGUACAACCUAGAGGAGCGUAAACGGUUGCAGGAGUUUGCAGUGCAGGCACUGAUGAACUUUGAAGACAAAUAAAGCUGACAAUGGAUGGCUUCGAUUUCUUUGGCAAAAGUUAAUGAAAGAAAUAGUUGGGAAUGGAGAAUUCUGAGUACAAAUGUCUAAUAAAUACUGUUGAUAACUGCUUA